AUGCCUUCGCGAUUAUCGGCGAGCAACGGCUCGUCUCCAGACCCACUUUCGCAAUCGACCGGCCCAACCAUCUCCUCCACUCCCCAAACAAAGCGAAGCCCUAGAAAGAGGAGGACUACGGUUAUAUCGACACCCUCGAAGGUUACCACGACGACUACUAGCUCGCCGUGGCGAUUCCGUGUUGUUGUUGAGGCUGAGAGGGACGUUGGUGAGGACGAUGAUGCAGACGUGACCCUGUCGCGGGGAAGGAAAACACGGACAAGAACUACAACCACAAAGAUACCACUCAGAGGAUUGAGCCCCGAACCAGUGCGGACAGGACGAGAAAAGAAGAAGACCACUCCGGCUAGAGCAAGAGCAGGGAGUCGUAGUCCUAGUAAGACUGCUACGAGGAAAUCUCCAACCCCAAAGAAGACACCAGUACCAAAGAACGCCCCAAGAGCAAGAAGAAAGGCUGCUCCUGUGAUACCGGUAGAAGAGAAGUAUGAAGGGAAUGGGGCAGAGAGGGAGGAGACUCCGGCACCUCAAACCCAGGAUGAAGCGGGAAAACCGGCCGAGGUGAGAAAUAUACUUUUUCCUAUGGUCGGUCAUUCAUUGCACUGAAGCGAUUGUUUCUUUGCAUGACAAUGCACGCAGACACAAAGACGACAUCGUGGAUAUUUCAAGCCUACUUGUUCUCAAUCCCCUUACAUUAAUUUGUUCAAUUCCGCACAAACCACCUUUUUCCGGUGAUAGCUUUCCUUGGUGUUUAUCUCUGCUAAUGAACUACCUUAGACGUCGAAGAGAUCUCCCCGGAAACCGAGAUCGCCAGUCAAGCCUCGAGCAGCUUCAGCUCGCACUACUCGUCGUAAUAACGCUAUUGCCGGGUCCUCCCGUGCUGCAGUAGUGGAAGAGGAGGAGUCGGUUUCAAGCAACCGAAGUGCUCUCUCUCGUGUAGACCCGAACACACUGCUUUCCCCUACACCUCCUGUUGUGGAGCCUUCAAAGCACCCGACGAGAAGGUCUGCGAGAAAUAUCUCAUCUGUUCCUUCCCCUUCUCCCUCUCCGGUCGAGCUGGGCACUGAGGACGAAGAAGCGUCCAUUGAACAGAGCGAGGGGUUCUCACUCAUCAGCGCACACAGCCUUCUUCCGGACUUUCGUGAUUCGUCAUCACGUCAUCAUCAAACCUUACCUACUCAAGACGAGGAAGAGGAGGAGGGCGAGGACGACACCGACGUGGACAUGGCACUACCGGACUUUACUUAUAUCGAUACCGGACCUUCCUACACUCCUCGGGUGGCCAAGAAACAGAGCCUACCCAUCGAAUCUCCAGAUGUGGAGCUAUUUGACGGCGAGGCGGUUGGUGUUGAGAGUUUCUAUGGCGCACCUAUCCCGCCGGGACUCUUCCGUAGUUCACCUCCGCCAGAGUUUAGUCGUGAAAUCAGCAGCCGAGACAUGAUUACUCCACACAUUCCCGGAGCCGAGAAGACACCACAGCUACCCCCCCGGCUACCUGAUGGCGAUUCCAAAAAGAGGCGAACAAGGGAAACCCCCGGUUUAGAUAGUAUCCUACGAGCAGGGGAAGAUCUCCGGAGCUCCAUGGGUACGGAUAGUUCGCCUGGAAUGGAGAUGCGAAGUGAGCACUUUGGUGGGGCUUUGGACAAUGAUGGCGAGGGCGAUCAAGUUAUGUUGGUGGAGGAGGGUAGCCCUAGUGUUCGGGUCAGAAAAGAAGGGGAUUUUGAUGGGGAGGCUAUUAAAUAUCCUCAUAUCAAGGAAGCCGCUUCUCCCAGGAUAGCUAAUGGAAUCGCUUCCCCUAGCGUGAGCGGGGAAUCUACGAAGCGUGCCGAUCGCAAAGGGAAGGGCAAGGCUAAGGCCGCCGAGAAACGUCGGAGGACUGAUACCGACGAUGCAGAAUGGGGCAAUGCCAAGACUGCUAAGACCGUCCGCCUAAAUCGUUCCCCUACCAAAUCGCCCUCGAAAUCUGUUCGAUUUCAGCCUGGAGAGCAAACACGAAUGCUGGAAGAUAUCUGGGCUCAGGAAAGGGAGGAGGUGCGGAGGCAGGCUGAAGAGGUCGGGGCAAUCACCAUUGACGCAUCUCCUUCAAGGACUGCGUUGCUUGAGGAGAAGUGGCGGGAGGAGCGGGAAGAGGUUAAACGGCAGGCGCAGGAUGCUGAUGCUAUCACAAUCGACACUACAAUUUGGGAGCAAGCUGUAACAGACGAAUCCAGUUUAAGUCUAACAGGUCAAGAUACAAAGGCAUUUGAGGAGAGCAUUUACAAUCGUAUCAGAAUGGACGAGGAGGCAGCUCCGGAGAAACUCUUCCCUGCGUCGGCAAUGAAGAAGUCACGAACAGGGCCAAGCUCAAACGCUGGUUCAAGUUCAAGUACCGGCCGUAAGUAUGGAAUUGGAAGUAGCACCAUCGGCAUCCGUGGUGAGAGUGUCAGCUCCCGUAGCUCCCCCCCACCAACCGCUCCAACAACAAUGUACCAACCAUCGACACGAGAGCAAGCCAUAGCUCAAGUUUCCGCCAACACUACCGCGGCCCGCCCGACCACUGCCGCUUCAAACGCCUCCAGUACAUCAAACAUGCUCCCUCCAGACCUCAUCCAACUCUCGGCUCCAGAAUCAAGCCCAGAAUCAUCCGGCUGGACACAGAGCCACUGGAAGCUCCUCGAGACAAUCCUCCACUCUCGUAAAACCACACCUCCGGCAUCCUGGAGACGCAGACUCCUGGUAUCAAUUGAUGACCCGCCGAAACUAUCGGCAAAUGGCCUAUUAGAAGAUGACGAUGUUGAAAUCGUACAGAGUCGCGAAGGGAUGUGGUUGCGUCUUAGUACACGCGAGACUUAUGCUGUCACUCGGUUUCUUAGGAAGAAACAGGUCAAAGCGGAGGGAUGGGAGGAGAAGGUUGUUGCCGGGAAGGUUGGGGCAAUAGUUCUUGCUGCGGUUAGGAGACGCAGGAGGGGGGAGAGGAAGGUCGGGAAGGCGCUGCGAGCUUGA